AUGGCUUCCCUUGUUGCAGAUUAUGGUUCUGGCUCGGAAUCAGAACUUGACUCAGAUGAUGAACGUCACCGUCAUGAUAGUGCUUUUGCUCUUACCAAAUCGCCUUCUGAAGAGGAAACGAAAGUGAAAAGAAUUUCAACUGAAGGCGAAAAUCUCCUUAUUGGAAGUGGAGGUUGUAGCAGUGAUACUUCAGAGGAGGAAACUGAUAAAUGUCCCAAUCAAACUCAGACAGACAGUACCUCUAAACUUCCAAACCCGUUAGCCAUGAGAAUACCACUGCCAGCACCAUCACUGGGGAAAAAGAAAUCAAAGAAAGUUGAUGUAAAGUACUCUGUGUUUGCAAAUCCGUUCUUGGAGGCGGAGACAGCGAAACAUUCUAUUCUAGAAAAACAUGUGAAAAUGACUGAGGAUGCAAUACAGGAUCAGAAAUCAGGAAAACCAAAGAAACAAAUGUGCUAUAAAUUCAAAAAGGGAAAAUGUCAAUUUGGUUCCAAGUGUAAAUAUUCACAUGAUUUAGACAGUGUACCUGGAGUGAUGCACGGAGAUGCUGCCGAGAUUGAAACUGCUGGACAUGCGCAGACUGGUCAAGCUAAUACAUAUUAUGGAAACCCACCACAGACUUUCACACCAGUUUUGGAGGACGAUGAUAGUUACAUGAGUCAGGCAAAGAAGAAGCGAAAGUUUGGAGUGACUGACACACUUCAACCCCCGAAAAAGGCACAAAAACUCCUUGAAAAUCAGAGAGCCAAUGAAAGACCUUGGACAAUGAAAAGGUGAACUUGAAAAUGAGAACUUUUUCAAAAAGUGUCUAAAUCAUAUGAGUCUCAUAUCAAAAUCGGUUAAAGAAUGUGUUCUUAAUAAUGGUUUUUGUAAGAACAGGAAUAGAGGGAUUCCAGGCUUUAAAAAAAUCAAAGGCUCUGUCAUGUGGCUAGUGAUUAGAAAAUCCAACAUCCAUGUAUCCAUGUAUUGGGUCAAUGCAAUGCUUCUGGCAUGUCUAAAUGUGACUGGCCACAAAACGUUCAUUGGCUUUAUGCAAUAUACAAUACAAGAUAACUUUUGUCCUUUACAUAUAUGUUUCAGUUAGCAACGUCCAAAUUAGGUAUUUCUGUAAUAAUUAUUUCUACUUUUGGCCUAAAAUCAGGUUGUGUAACUGAUGCUGAGUUCAUUUUGAUAUAAGCAGGUAAUGCUUCAGUUAUUACCCAACCUUGGUAGAAAUGCAUUGAAAGAAUUUGUAAAGGGCACCACUUUGAAGACCACUUGAGCAAAACGGCCUUUUUGCAACAGAAAAUCUGAACAAAAGAUGUGGGGUAACAAGGCAAGAUGGUAAGAGAUAAGUUGGGGAGGGCAAGAGGCCUUGGUGCCGUGGAUUUUGUCCAUAGUCCUCUUAAAAUUAGUAAUUCUUCACAUUCUAGUUUUGUUGCCUCAGCCUGAAAAUGGAAUGAAUCUCAGUUGGAUCUCGAUUGGUGUGGUUAUUGUAAUGUACUUCAAUGUAAGAAAAUACAUAACAAACAAAACUGUCCCCGUGACCCAGAUUCAGCUCUUGUGGAAUUAACUUUUUAUAACAUUCUUGUUAAAUUGCAUCAAGUAAGGUUAUAUUACCUUGAAUGACGUGCUAAUAAAUGCAACAGUUUUUCUAGUUCUGCACGCCACCUGCUCUGAAAUUGUUGAAACAAAGGUAAUCCUACUGAAAAUGUUUCAUUUGGUUGUUAUGUCAUGUAUGUGUAGAUGAUACUGUACUUUAUCAUUCAUAUUGUUAAAUGAGAAUUUUGUUGUUUGUGGCAUUUCUCACUUCAUCAAAGAUCAUGAUGACAUAUUGCCCCAACUUGGAUACCUCGGAGUGGGCGGUACUUCCGACUAUAUGUUGAAACAAUUGGUGAAGCUGCUUUUCUGGAUGAUGAUAACAUUAUGACUGGAAGUGCCUCCAACUAUAUUUACCUGUUUGUGUCUCACUAUGUGCUUCCAGGCUGACUAGAGAGCUUGUACGUUGACGCCACAUUUGUUUGGCAGUCCACAAUUGGUAUGGCAGUACACCAUGCCGGUGUUGGUAUAAAGUGUGUCAAGUGCGGAAAGUUGCCUCACUGCCAAGAGACUGUCAAGAUAGCCAAUUUUUAUGUGAUGACGUCAUCCAACAGGCUCUUCAAACCAGCUGCACGUAUUUUGUUGUAUCAAGCCAUCAAAAUUGAUCUCAUAAAACUGUUCACUUGGGGGUUACACUUGGACUUUACACUAAGAGGUACAGAACAAUUAAGAGAACAGCCCACCACCAGGUAACCUCAUGUCCUACUGUACCAGUACUAUUAAAUGGGGACAUUAAAUUUCAACUUGCUUCAUUUAGGCAUUGUUAAAGGUUUAUAGGGCAUUCAAGUCGUAUAUUGUAUGGGUUUGUUUCAGAAAUGUUACAUUGUUAAAAUGCUUCAGACAUUUUAUCCUCUUAUGCACAUGCUUACCAAGGCAGCUGUAAUGCAUUUCAUGAGAAAAAUUCAAA